UGGAGAUUGCAUUUGUUGCUCAGCCGUGUUUUUUUGAUAUUGUGAUUCGUUCGUUUAUUCGAUAUAGGAUAUGCAGGCUUUUGUUUUUUUAUGUGGAGCGAAGACGUUUCAUACAGUCUCAAAUAGGAUUGAACUCAAGUUGACGAAAAGCGCCUCACUGAGCUUUCGUGACGGUUUGUUUGUUCCCAACAGCAGAAAAUUGGUAUGUGACAAGAGACGUCAAUUAUUAGCCCCUGCUUCCAUCGGUUUGAGAGCUUUUCCAAAACACUUGUCAGAAAUUACUUCCUUAAGAAGUGAUGCAGCUGUCAAUGCUUCUGUUUCCUAUGGAGAAGAGGGCUCUCCUCAGUUGUCAGUUUCUGAUCUUGUCAUCGGAGAAACAUACACAGGAAUAGUGAAGAACGUCACCAACUACGGUGCUUUUGUGGAUAUAGGAGCUAACAAACUUGGCUUGUUGCAUAUCUCACAAAUGAGUAAUCGUUUCGUGAAUCAUCCCAACGAAGUAGUUUCCAUUGGAAGCCAAGUCACGGUUAGGGUAUACAAGAUUGAUGUUGAAAAGGAUCAGUUUUCUCUCACUAUGAAGACACAAGAACCAAGGAGGAGAAGAAAUGACGAACCGGAAAACGUUGUAGAAGCACUUCGCUCCUUUGCCGAGCAAGUUGAUAGGCAUGAGUUUAGAAAGGGGAGAGUAGUGAAUGUUACGGACUUUGGUGCUUUUGUGGACAUCGAUGGUCCAAAAGAUGGACUUGUAUUUCGUGCAGAUAUGACUGAUGAUUUAGAAGUGGAUGACGAGAUUCAAGUUAGGGUGAAGAAGAUCGAUUUGAGCAGGAAAUUUAUCACCUUGAGCAUGAAGCCCAUUACGGAAUAUGAGGAAGAGAACAUGUCAUUCGUACGAGAAUAGAAACUUGCAAACUAUCGAUAAAGUUGUCUGAUAACGAGUGAGAAGAUGUUAAC